AUAACACGCGUAAUGGCGCCAUUUGCAAUUCAUUUAAAGAAAUCGAUUCGAAAGGUUCUCCCAUUCAGCACUCCUCACCCAAUAAAAAAAGUUUCCGGUUUCACAUGAAGGGUUUAAUUUCUACUGUACUGACAAUGGAUUCUCAGUUGCGGCAGAACUACAGCCAUGAGUGUGAGGCGUCUGUUAACCGUCUAAUUAAUCUGGAGAUGUACGCCGCUUAUGUAUAUAUCUCUAUGUCCUACUACUUUGACCGGGAUGAUGUGGCAUUGGAAAACUUUUCCAAAUUCUUCAAAAGUCAAUCUCACGAAGAGCAGGAGCAUGCAGAGAAGCUCAUGAAGUACCAAAACCAACGUGGUGGACGUAUAGUCUUUCAAGACAUUAAGAAACCCGAGCGGGAUGAGUGGUCCAGUGGCUUGGAAGCCAUGAACAGUGCACUAGAACUGGAGAAAAAUAUAAACCAAAGUGUCCUAGAUCUCCAUAAAAUGGCCUCUGACAAAAGUGAUCCUCAUCUUUGUGAUUUCCUGGACUCCCACUGCCUAGGUGAAAAGGUGGAGACGAUAAAGAAGUUGGGUGACUACAUAACUAACCUGAGGCGUGUUGAUGCUGCCCAGAAUGGAAUGGGAGAGUACCUAUUUGACAAGCACACUUUGGGUGAUAGCUAAAAUUUCCUUUGUGGAUUUGUCUGUGGUUAACAUUGACAGUUUUUUGUGCAGUAGACUAUCCUUUGUGUAAAAUAAACCUCUUAACAAUG